CAGAAUAUCAGACUCAUUCAAUAGGUAUAUACUGCAACAUGUGUUCAAUGUCGGUGGUUGCACAUUUUUCAAAAUUUACAUUUCUCUUGCUCAUCAGCGCUGCGCAAGCAUAUAAAGUGAACAUAACGAGAUUCGGGAAUUGUGACGAUGUAUCCAAUGUGCAGGUCAACUUAACCAGCGUCCAGUACGAUUACAAUGAUGAUGGACUCUGUGACACAAUACAUGGGAAAUACGAUGUGCACUCAUAUGACCCAAAUGUUCAUUAUGAAUUGUGGAUGACAACCUACCAAUGCUCACCUACGAGCAUGAAUCAGUGCAAUGAAAACGCGAGAAAAUAUGAGGUACACGCGAGUUGCGACGCGCUUCAUGAUGGUGAUAUUGGUCCCUGGACCAUGUUGACAAAAGCAAUGAGAGGGUCUAGGUGUGGUGACAAAGUGGGUGGAUUCGAACUGGUGUCAGCAAAAUUGGUACCUGAAUAUUUAGCUAAUUAUUUGGGCGAUGAUCCAGCUUUAACCCGUCAUCGCGUUCAAAUGCUCUUCCACAAAGCUGGUGACAAUAGAGUCGAUGAUCAUCCGAGGGGAUGUGUCAAUAUUGAGUUCAAUGUGAUCAAUUGGUAGAUCAGAUAGAUCGGUCGGCAAGUACAUUUUUGGUGAAACAUUUGGCCAUAAUUUCCUUAAUUUUCCCACAUUUUCUUUAAUUUUUUCGAAAAAUAUUUUCGUGGAAAUUUGAAAAAAUGUUGGAAACUUCUGGAAAAUUGAGAAAAAUACGGAAGAAUAUAUUCCCCAAAUUAUCGCUGUCGGCCGGUGAGAUAUAUCGGUUAUAUACCCAAAUUAUUACUUAUCAAUGCACCUUAAUGGUAUUGAUAAAUUAAAAAUUUAAGUGGAAGGCGUUUUUUUAAAGUUGAAAUCACGGUAGGAUGGGGUACAAAGGCUAAUAAAAAAUU